AUGAGUCUCCAAGACAUACGCCUCUUUGCUGCCACCUACCCGGGGGCUUUCGCCGCUAUGUCUUCCAUGACAGCUGUCAACUAUCACCAUGGAUACUCCAUGUCGCUUCCCCAGUUCGGUUACCAAACUCCGGCUGACCAGAUAGCUGCUCUGGACUGUUCACUGCGUCACCACCAUCGCAUGCUGCAAGAUGACCCCUCGGGGCGGUCAACCAUGUCGGCUUCCCUUGUCUCUGCCCCCGGCUCUGUUCACGGCGGCGGGCUCAUGGAGGGUCUCCUGGGUGAGCGGAAAACUCCACAACGGCUGUCUCCCACAUCGGGGCCGGACAUGAACUCUUUCUCCUUUCUGGACUCGCCGGACCACGGCAAGAUUUCCGACUCGCUCAACUCGUCAGGCGGAAGUGACGACAAUAAAGAGCUAAAUGGGAGCAAGAGAAGGCGUACUCGCACCAACUUCACGGGAUGGCAGCUGGAAGAGCUGGAGAAAGCUUUCCAAGACUCGCACUACCCGGAUGUGUUCAUGAGAGAGGCCCUGGCGCUGAAACUGGACCUGGUGGAGAGUAGGGUGCAGGUGUGGUUCCAGAAUCGUCGAGCCAAGUGGAGGAAGAAAGAGAACACCAAGAAAGGUCCCGGACGCCCCGCCCACAACGCCCAGCCACAAACAUGCAGUGGAGACCCCAUGGACGAGGACGAAAUUCGCAGAAGAGAGCAGGAGAGGCAGGAGAAGAAGAGGAGGAAGCAAGAGGAGCGCCUUCGCAGACUGGAAGAGAAGCGGAAGUCGGUCAACGGAGGUCAAAGUGCCUCUCUGGCGUCUGAAGACAGAAGCAGAAGUAGGAUGAGCUCUGACAGGUUCAUGUCUCCGAACUCUUCUCUGUCGGGAAAUGAUGUCAGCUCUGACGGGUUUUCGGGCCACUUCUCCGCGAUAGAUGAUCGCUGCAUUUACCGCAGCAAGUCUGCAGACAGGACAGCCUCCUUGUUCUCUCCACCAACACGAUCAGAUGAAAACACAACAAACAGCAAUAUCAAAUCAUGUCCUUUCAGCAUUGACCGACUCCUCGAAGCUCCAAAAGUUCCCCGCGGAAGACGCCCCAAUUCCAAAUAUCCGUUAGUGCAGGCUUGUAAAUCUCUAGGGAACUUGAACCUUGGACUGCUUCCGUUCUUCCCUAUCACCCAACCAGUGGGUUUUCUAGUCCAGCAGGUCAUUCACGCACACAGUCCCCUAUCGCCGUCAGCAGAACGCGCAGCCAGAAAUGAUUCUAUAGUUGGUCAUGAGGACACCGCAAAGGGUGAAGACUUGCACGACACCGGUGUCGCCUCACUUGGUCAUUCUCUCAGACACGGGUCAGAUGAUAUCAGAUCUAACCGAAACCAGCAACCGUUUGAGAAGUUUAGCACAGACAAUAUCGGCGAGUACCAUGCUCACCCUUCGCACCACCUGAUGGAGGACGUCGGCCAGACAAUCUUCGCUCCAGAAACGGACACUGAGGACUUCAGUGUGAGACCCUAUACUGACCAGUGCGAGCAUCACGGGGGUGACCUCAGUGACAGCAACAACAACAACAACAACAACCAAAACAAUAGCGAUGACUGUGAUGGAGUUGAACACAAGAGUGCGACAACGUUUGACCUAGACAGUUCGGUCAAGGGCGAGGACAGCAUGGAAGACAUCCGGCCUCAAGACGACAGGUAG